UUGCUUUGUGGGCCGAGUUGGAUUGACUGACGUGUAGGCGGGCCGCGCAGGCGCAGAAACCCCUGGUCUCGCCGGUGAGACGGCCUCAGAGCGAGAUGCGGUGACGCCCCUGAGCGACUAUGGCAGCGGCCGACGAGCUAGCCUUCCACGAGUUUGAGGAAGCCACUAAUCUGCUGGCCGAGACCCCAGAUGCAGCCACCACCAGCAGAAGUGAUCAGCUGACCCCACAGAGGCAUGUGGCUGUGGCCGUGGGCUUGGGAGCUGAGGACGAGGUGGAGGAAAGUGACAAGACUGCGCUUCUACAGGAGGAGCAGCAGCAGCCCGGAUUCUGGACCUUUGACUACUAUCAGAGCUUCUUUGACGUGGAUACCUCGCAGGUUCUGGACCGCAUCAAAGGCUCGCUGUUGCCCAGACCCGGCCACAACUUUGUACGGCACCAUCUGCGGAAUCGACCAGACCUGUAUGGCCCUUUCUGGAUCUGCGCCACACUGGCCUUCGUCCUGGCCGUUACCGGCAACCUGACACUGGUGCUGGCCCAGAGGAGGGACCCCUCCAUCCACUACAGUCCCCAGUUUCACAAAGUGACUGUGGCUGGCAUCACCAUUUACGGCUACGCCUGGCUGGUGCCGCUGGCACUGUGGGGCUUUCUGCGGUGGCGCAAGGGCCUCCAGGAGCGCAUGGGGCCUUACACCUACCUGGAGACUGUGUGCGUCUAUGGCUAUUCCCUCUUUGUUUUCAUCCCCACUGUGGUCUUGUGGCUGAUCCCUGUCCCGUGGCUGCAGUGGCUCUUUGGGGCGCUGGCUCUGGCCCUGUCAGCCUCUGGCCUGGUGUUCACCCUCUGGCCCGUCGUCCGCGAGGACACCAGGUUGGUAGCCUCUGUGCUGCUGUCUGCCGUUGUGCUGCUCCAUGCCCUCCUGGCCAUGGGCUGUAAGUUUUAUUUCUUCCAGUCACUGCCUCUGGAGCACGGAGCACCUCCAUCCCAGGUCAUAUCUCUGACCCCAAAUACACUCCUGACAUCCACCUCACCAAGGACCAUGGUAACCUAGGAAGGCACUAGCCUACAGGUCCAACAUGAGGGGAUGCCUUUGCCUGCCCUGGCCCCCAGAUGAUGACUGAAGGCUCCCUUGACACUUCGAGAUCACUCUGUUACUUUCCACACUUUUCUUACAAAGCAAACACUUUUAUUUUCUAUGCAAAGGUGAUUCAGAGAAUUUAUAUAAAGGCGGGAGAGGGGUGGCUGAGCAGGGAGUGUCCAGUGCAGCUGUCACCCCACAGGCCGCCUGCUGAGCAUUCUGCUUUCCCCAAUGGGACAGGCAGGAGAGCAAAUGGGACCACCCCAACCUCAGCUGCCCACCCUUCCCAGUGUGCCCAGUUAGCAGGGUCUGGCCUCAGCGCCAACACAUCCAAGUUUGGGGGUGUUAGAAUCAGGCGGGGCAGAAGUAGAAGAAAAUUGCCUGUGCUGAAAUAUACAUUUCCUUGUUUA